AUUUCCAAAAAAUGUCUUCCAGUGAAAACUCAUCACUUUCAUCAGAUUCAAGUUCUGUUGAUUCAAAUACCACUGCAGUCAAUCAAUGGGAAGAGCGAGUUUCUCAACAAAAUCAUCAAAUUUAUACAACUGUUGAGAAUUUGUUAUCUAACAUUCCCAAUCUAACUGCAGGGGUCCAAGCUUCUAGAGUCAGAAAAAGGCAUUGUGAAAGGCAACACGAGAUUGGUGUUGAGCGUUUGAUCAAUGACUAUUUUGGUCCCAACCCGACGUACGGACCAGAGGUGUUCCGACGCCGAUUUCGCAUGCACAAAUCCGUAUUCCUUCGGAUAGUUGAAGCUGUAACUGCUAACGAUGAGUAUUUUCAGGAGAGACGCGAUGCUGCUGGGAGACAAAGUUUGUCCUCUUUACAGAAGUGUACAGGAGCUAUGCGGGUGUUGGCGUAUGGGACAUCAUCCGAUGUCGUCGAUGAAUAUUUGCGGAUGAGUUCAACGGCGACAAGAGAUUCUCUAAUGCAUUUUGUUGAUGGUGUUAUUUCAUGUUUUGGUGCCACAUAUCUUAGAAGACCUACUAAACAAGAUAUGGCUAAACUUAUAUAUGUAGCAGAUCAACGUGGUUUCCCAGGCAUGAUAAGGAGUAUAUACUGCAUGCAUUGGCAGUGGAAAAAUUGUCCUAACGCAUGGGCUGGACAAUAUACAGGGAGAAGUGGAAAACCAACGAUCAUUUUGGAAGCUGUGGCAUCAUACGACUUAUGGAUAUGGCAUGCAUCCUUUGGGACUCCAGGUGGGGCAUUCGGUUGCCAUUACUGUUGGGCUGUGAAGUGGGCCUACUAUUCUAGGCCGAGAAUCCGUGCUAAAAGAGGCCCGAAGCUAGUUUUCUUUCCUCUAUAGUGUAAUAGAGUAGUUCUAUUGUAAUUUCCCUUUCUUCUUCUUUUUUUACUAUAGUUAAUGUAUUUCGUUUUCUUUGUUUUCAUCGUCAAACGAUUGUAACCUAACA